CAAAAUUCUAAAUUCAAAUUUAUUUAUUUAUUGUGCCAGUGUUGUGCGUUUAUAAUAUUUUUUUGAAGUGGUAACACUGAAUUGUCUUACGUGGUUAUUUCAAUUUACCGGUGCGUGAAUCGGAUCAUAGUAUGUUCUUUUAUCGCGUUGUAUUAGUAGAUAAUUAGUGAAAUAGAUUAUACUGCAAUUAUUUGUAGAAAAAAUAAAAACGUAAUUAAAGUGUUCCGUUGUGGUAGUUUUGUGUCAUCCAUUUGUUUAUUUGGAUUUGGAGAUAAAACAUGAGGAAAAUCGGCAUUCUACUCCUGCUUUGCCAGUUUAUAACCCUACCGAUCAUGGAAGGUCGCAGCGACGAUGAAAAUCCUUUCCUCGACCUGGCCUCCUCAUUUCUCCAGAAUAUGGGCGAUGGAGGGAAUAAUUUGAACGGUUUAGCAGCUAUUGGGAAUAUAGUCGGUAACUUGAUGCAGGGAGACAAAGCCAAAAAUCUGGGAUCAAUGUUUGGUCAAGACACUAAUGGAAAUGAUGGUGGUGAUAUAUUGUCAGGUCUUGGUAGCUUACUCGGAGGUCAAGAUGGCAAAAUCGAUCCAGCCAUGAUAGGAACCAUGAUGUCUAUGUUUGCAAGCCAAAUGGGCAACACUGAUAAACCCAGUAGGCAGAAAAGGGAAAGCCAGAAUAAAAACGAUUUCAACAUAGAUGGACUACUAAGUCUUGCAUCAGGAUUUUUGGGCAACCGAAACGGAGGAGCCGAAAGUAUUCUACCACUAAUAAUGAAUAUAUUAAGCUCAUUCUCCGAUCCAGAAAGCAAAAACGUAGCAGACGGUCACAAAGAUCACGCUCAAUUUUUACCACCGUUUUUAGAGAAAAUACAUUUGUAUUGGGACCUGUUCAUAAAUUCUGAACUUGGCAAAACGGUUUGGGAAAAAUCUGGAUUAAAGAAAACGAUGAAAGCAUUUACUGGACCGGACGGAAAGAUCAGUUUCGAGCUGAUGUUCAAGAACUUUGAGAACCAUUCGUUCAGACGACACUGGAUCAAAGUGGCUGCGAAGUAUUUGACGGACACCGUGGUGUCUGUGGCGAAACCAGAAGUAUACCAGAAGUACAUGUCCUCGGCCCAGUACUUCAUCAACGGUUUCCUGGACUCUCAGGGUCUCCCCAAACACACCCAUCUCAACCUGAAGAAGCCCACGCAGUCCAUCAGCGCACUCCUCAAUUAUGUGCUGAAGAAAUACCUGGAUAUUGAUACCAAUGUAUCAGCUUAUGUGGCCCCAGCGAUCGAAUAUAUAAAGCAAACCGUAAAAAUGGGCGAGUCCAUAUCCCAAUCGCUGGCCGGCCGUGGGGACUACAACGCACUGGUGGACCACAUCACUGACACCCUGAACUUGGAGGUCAUCGAGCCCGUGCUCAGGGUGUACAGAGCCUACCAGCAUUCAGUCAAGUCGCCACAGUGCCAAGAACAUCUGAUGUGCCUCGUGAAUAGGCAUCAUGAUAAGGAUAAAGAGGGUCGCCUGGGCUUCAAGGCUGGUCUGACGAAAGUGAGCAGUUUGGUCGCGUCAGCAGCUCUCAGUUACCACAACGGCAAAGGUUUCUGGGACCUCUACAACGCUGUGAAAAAUGACGUCAACUGUGAUGUGGAGUAUCCAGCUGACUGUUCAGAAUUCCAUGAACACGAACUUAAGGUCACGACAGAAGUUUAUCACAGCGAGUUAUAAACAGGAAGAUUCUUCACGUUAAGCUGCAUACACACUGUGCUAACCAACGUUAGCAUGCAUUGGCUCUAAAGAGGAAGCUUUGGCGUUCGCCAAACUGUCCAAACAGGAUGUUCCCAAACGUUGAUAAGACAAACUUAACGUACCUCUUUCUCUUACUGUGCGGUUAACCUCAUAGAAAUGUUAAGACAUAUGUAUUGUCAAAGUUCAAGAAUAAAGGUCUACCAAUGAAGACUAACAAUCCCCAUUCCUUGGCGUUAACCCGGUGCGUACGCAGCUUUAAAUAUCGAAUCCAAAAAAUAAAUAAUUUUGAUCGUCAAAGUACGUGUGCAUUCCAAACGGGAUUUUCCGAAAUAAUGGAUUCACAAAGAGUUUAAUUUAAUAUAUAAACCAGAAAUAGAUUUAUAGAUAGGUAUAUUUUUCCUAUAGUAAGUACUUAAAAGAAUAAGAUUGAAAUUAGAGUUUAUUCCCAUUGUAGGUAUAAAUUGUGUGUGAAAAUUGUAGACGCUUCUAAAGAAAAACAGAUUUUAUUUAUCUUUACUUGGCGAUCGAUGAAUGAUUAAUCAUUCUUUUUUUUUUCAUUAGUAAAGUACAUCUUCGAUGGGGCAUGCAAAUUACCUUCAUUCAUAGUUUUCCUUCUCCCUCUAUCUCUUGUAACGAAGAUGAAAUUAUAUUAUGUUUCUACUACACUUCAAAGUACUUAAACUAAGUAUUUUUUAUAGAUCACUACUUACGUAUUAUACUAAUUUCUUUUUUUUCCAUUUAUUUUCACUUAUAAUAGGUAUUAUAUACGAAUUACAAAUAAACUUGUUGUACUUAAUUAGACAAAAUUGUGAUUAAAUUUGAAGUAUUAACUAUUUAGUUUCUUAAUUAUUUCUUGAGAUUAGGAAUUGUUUUAAAUUUAUGAUUCAUUCCCAUCGCUUUUUUUAUUUGCACUGGUCUUCUUUACACAAAUAUCCAAAAUGCCUUAUUUUCCUAAUAUUUCAUAAACUUUUAACUAUUAAUAAUAGAUUUAUUAUAAUAAUAUAUUUUUUUACGGGCAGUACCAUUUCCUUGACUAUCUACUUAGAAAAAUUAAACGAAUAUUAAAUUCCCUUGAAGACAUUUUAUCAAAAUGAGGAAUUAAAUAAAAAAAAAAUAAUAAUAAAAAUCAUUACUUUUAAAACUCUAUGUAGAAAUUUGAAUUGUUAGUAAAAAAAUAGACUGCCCUCGACUCGCCAAAUAUAUUAAGAUUAUUUUGCUGGACUAUUGGUGCUAAAUAAUUAUUAAAAGUUUGUUAAAAUUAUUAAAAAAUAAUUGAAUCUCCGUGACAAAAAGUGGUGUAUUAAUAAUUCGACAUUGCAUUUAAUUGUACAUAUUCGCAUAAUAUAUAGGCUUAUAUUUAUUUAAUGU